AUGGGGAAGAUGAACUAUUUUCUUGGACUUCAAAUCAAGCAACUAAAGGAUGGCUUCUUUAUCAACCAAUCCAAAUAUUGUAAAGAGUUGUUGAAGAAAUUUGACAUGGAUAAUUGUAAAGCAAUGUCUAUGCCAAUGGGAUCCGGAACCUAUGUUGAUCAAGACGAAUCCGGUGUCUCUAUUGAUAUUACCAAGUAUCAAGCAAACCCGAAGGAAUCUCAUCUCACAGCAGUAAAAAGGAUUAUGAAAUAUCUGAAGGGAACAAUGAACGUCGGAAUAUGGUAUCCAAAAGGUAGUGUAUGUAAUAUACUUGGUUAUUCUGACGCGGAUUACACAGGUUGCAAAAUUGACCGCAAAAGCACUAGUGGAACAUGUUGA